GCCAAUUUCCAAUUUUUCCAAAAUUGCUUUUUGGGGCACAAAAUCACUUUUCGUAUAAGUACCAACAAACAAACCCUUAAUUCAUGCUUGGCCAUUUGGUGUUGCUUAGAUGGUUCCUGGUUUUGCAGGACUGCUAUUAAUUCCUCCUUGUUCAAGCAGUGGUUAAGGAACUUGCAAAGUGAAACUGGAAUUUUAGCUGACAAUGCCAUGUCUCUGAAACGUGUACUUAUCCAGGGAGUAGAUAUGUUUGGAGAGCGCAUUGGGUUUCUCAAGUUCAAAGCUGACAUUUUUGAUAAGGAAACAGGAAAAAAGGUUAGGGUCCCUGUUGGGAGGCUUAUUUUGGAAUUGCCUGCUGGAAUGUUGGAUGAUGAAAAGGGUGAUUUUGUUGGCACUGCGGCUCGAGAGGUUGAGGAGGAGACGGGUAUACACAUAAAUCUAGAAGACAUGGUUGAUCUCACAGCCUUCCUGGAUCCAGUAACUGGAUGCAGAGUCUUUCCUUCUCCGGGAGGGUGCGAUGAAGAAAUUAGCCUGUUUCUGUACAGGGGGCAUGUGGAUAAAGAGGUCAUCAUGCAACUGCAAGGAAAAGAAACAGGUCUUCGUGACCAUGGUGAGCUGAUUAAGGUUCGUGUGGUUCCCUAUAAAAACCUCUGGCGCAUGACAGCCGAUGCAAAGGUUCUAAUGGCCAUUGCUCUCUACGAAAUGGCUAAGAGAGAAGGUCUACUGCCUCCAUGAAGACCCAAUUGCUUAUUUUUCUAGACGCUAAACUUUUCAUGUGGGGUCAGAGUACUCACCAACUUUUGGUUUAUGGAAUGAUGGACCCUAAUCAUUCUAAAUUCUGAAGGAAUUUGUUCACCUGUUGCAUAACAUUGUUAUUGUUACUGUUGUCAGAUGAAUGAUCAUUUCUUCGGUUUCCCUCGAA